AUGGGUGUACGACAUUUGCAAACUUUUAUCCAAACGAAAGUGCCAGGUGGUUAUUUUAAAGUUGAUAUAAAAGACGAAAUUCGCAAACAAACGGGCACACCGUUAAUAGUGAUCGACCUGAAAACACUCUGCGGUUUGAUCAGCGAAAAUGAUCGGCCAGGAUUGCUCUGUGGAGGCCGGUACGAAGCAGUCUACCGUCAGUUGGAUCGCUUUUUUCACGACUUAACUGAACUGGGAGUGGAGCUUGUCUUUUUCAGUCAUGGUCCGGUACAAAAAUUACAGUUCGAUACCUGGGAAAGAAAGCAAUUGCAAAAGUACAACGAUAGCAUCGAUAUAAUAAAUGCUAUCGACACCGAGGUUUUAAACUUGAACACGCUGGUAGACAGGUACCGGGAUAAGAUUCCAAAUAAUACUCGUUAUUCGGCUCAAGAAAUAGCAAAGAAACAUGGUACUUAUAAACUUGCCAUAGAGAUUGAUUGCGACCAGGAUCUGACCGCCUAUGCAACUUCGCACCGUGCUAUGGCAAUCAUUACUAGUGAUACAGAUUUUCUUAUUUUUGAUGGCUCUUGGCGAAUCUGGGUUUCCAGCUCUUUGGAUAUGGAGAAUUUAACAAUCUUUGAGUAUAGCCGUACUAAUUUGCUUCAAUAUCUCAAACUCAGUGCUCAUCAAUUGCCCCUGCUAGCGACGCUAUCAGGUAACGACAUUGUUAACUAUGACGAAGUUAAACGUUUCCACGCGCGGUUGGGAAAUCCGACGCAGAAAUUUUUUAACGUCGCUAACUUCAUACGAACGCACUUGAAAGCUACCGUAAAAGAAUUAGUAGUACAAGGCUGUGGUAAAAGUAACCCAACUCUCGAAAACCGUUUCCAAGAGAGCCUUGAUUUUUAUAAAACCGUAUGUACAACAAUCUAUAAAAUUACAAGAAACCACCAUGCUCAUAGAAACAUUCUUUCACAGGAUUUCUCUGCUUCCAACAAAAACUCCAAUCGAGAUGAACUUCUAACCAUGUUGCUCGCUCAGAACAACGAGUUUGCCUAUCACUUAUGGGCAGGCAAACCUUUCGAGUUAACAACCUACUUCAUUGAUAUGCGCAGCGAACGGGGAGGGUUCGAUUAUGCCAAACUACUGUUUCCAGUAUUCGAACGCCAAGCUGGAAUCUUACUGUGGGAUAAACCAGAUGUUCAAAAAUUUACCUUAAUCGUUAAACGCAGCCACAGUGCUUCAUACAGCAGGGAAAAGCGACGUGUCGAACGUCCUAAAGCAAUUACACCACCCUCCAUUUUGGACCUUCUAUCGGAUGAUCCGCUUGUGCAGGCCGACACAAGGGAUACGAAGCUACAGCUCUUUUGCUGGAUUGUAUCGGAUAAAUUGGACUUUCGUUGUUUUCAGUCAGUUCCCCAAAACCUAUGGAUAGCCGUGGCAACCUUGCACUAUCUUAUCGAGAAGAAAAUUUUAAACCUUUUUGAAGCGGAUCUUUUUUUGCUCGUUAGCUCCAGAGUUUCAACCGAAACGUAUGAUCCCAAGGCAGUUGAAUAUCCGGACCGUUUGAAGGGACGACCAUUUCGAAUUGCAUUCCUGUUCACGGAAACGUACAGACAGUUCCUGGCGGCCCUCGAGCGGCUCGGUUUUGAACGGGAAUGUGCGAUCGCAUAUCUUCGCUUUGAUGGUUCACUUUUUCACCAUCUUUACGAGGAGUGCCGCAAAUCGGAGGAUUUUUUCGAUGACAUCAAAGAAUGGAGAUUAUAUGAAUCUAUCGUUGACACUCGAUAG